AGAAGAAACUAUAGCAUUCCGGACUGGGACUGUCGGUUGCGCUAGUCGUUAGUAGCAUCUGAAUACACCAAGCCAUGGCGGAGAGUCUGUGCGUUGUUGUGCUCCUUUUGUGUGGGACUCUGAUCCCCUUCGUGACCGCUGGUAAUGACUGUGAGGGCUACAUUGACGCCAAGAGCCAAAUCCAAUCCAAGCAGUACUGUGGUACACUCCAGGGGUGCUGUGGAACGUGUGAGAAUAGAUACUGCUGCAGCAAUGUCUUCAAACAGAUGGGGACGUCUGAACAGAACAGCUGCUUUUUCAGUAGCAGCAUCAGCAGCAGCACGUUCACCAUCUGGCCAUUCAUAGCAAUACCUGUCAUCUUGGUGAUUAUUUUCAUCUCUUGCUGCGUGUGUCCCUGCUGCUGCAUGUACAACAUGUGCCGGAAGCCCAGACCGGUGAUAGCCACGACCUCCCACACCACAGUGGUGAACACCCAGUUCACCCAGCAACCUCAGCAGCCUGUCCAGCCCUACCAGGGUGGCCCCCAGUACCCAGCCUACCAGCCCGUACCCGUCCAGCCUGGGUAUGGGGCUCAGCCUCAACCCGGCUACGGAGGAGGGCAGCCCAUGCCCACAUCACUGGGCUACCAGGGACAGCCCUUCCAGCCAGGACCACCCCCCCCCUACCAAGAGACUGGUUCAGCCUAUCCUCCUGCUAUCCAAGUGCCUUAUAGUCAGGCUGGGUUCAGUCCAGGACAACCAUCUUACCCCUUCCAGCCUCCAGCUCAGCCCGGCUACCCAGCCCAGCAGCCCGGCUACCCAGCCCAGCAGCCCAGCCACCCAGCCCAAGCUGGCGCGCCUCCCGCUCAGCCUGACUUCCUCUCUGCCCAGCCUGCCUACAACCCUGCCUUCGUGGACUCCCAACCUCCGAAGACUGGCUACUGAGUCAAUUCUCCAUCACUGUCUGACGCAGUUCUCCCUCCCAUUCUCCAUCACCCACUGAUGCAGUUCUCCCUCCCAUUCUCCAUCACCCACUGAUGCAGUUCUCCCUCCCAUUCUCCAUCACUGUCUGUUUGACGCAGUUCUCUCUCCCAUUCUCCAUCCACCCACUGUCUGAAGCAGUUCUCUCUCCAUCACCCACAGGUCUCCCUCCCGUUCCCCACCACUCCAAACAUGUCCCAUUCACUGAGCUUCUAGAGCUCACCUGGGAGAGAACUGAACUGGCUUGCAUCCCUAACAGCACCCUAUGUAGUGCACUACAUAGGGAAUAGGGUGCUGUUUGGGAUGGAUCCUAUACCUUGUUAGGGCCAGGUAUAUUAUUAUUACAGUCUAAAAGGGAAUCUUCAUGUAUUGCUGUGCCUCGGUCUUCAUUGUGCAACCCCAAACUGUGGUUUAAAACAUUUUGCACUGUAGUUGAAUGACGUAAAGUAGAAUCAAAAUGUCUGAAUCCUCAUUCACACAAUUAUGAAAUAUACCUAAAUCUAGUUUAGUGGUAAAACGGAUGUCCUAUUAAAAUGAAGCUAUCCUGUCUCGUACAGAAACAGUUGUGCCUUUCUUUUUUUACCAUAAAUUCUUGGUCCAACCAAAUUAUAUAUAUAUAUAUAUUUUAAAAAAACAUCAGUGUAUGUGGUUUAUUUAUAGAUACCGCUUUAAGAUGUCUUUGUCCCCAUGUAGGGCACUGCUUUUGUCCAGAGCCCAAUGAACUCAAAAGUAGUGCCCUAUGUAGGGAAUAGGGUGCCAUUUUGGACUGUUAAACCUCCACAAUAUGCCUUGUUUUUCCACUUGUGCUGUGAGAUCAUGUAAAAUCAUUCUGUACCAAGCCUUGCAGGUGAACCAAGCUGAAUGAAGCGCUACCAGCCUUUAAAUGGAAUGUAAUGCUUUUUAAUUUUUUUAUCUGAUUGACCUCGCUCUCCUCUGUUGAUAAUGUCCCUUGUCUGCAUCCCUAAUGGCUCCCUAUUCCCUAUAUAAGUGCACUACUUUUGAGGUCCUAUGGUCAAAGGCAGUGUACUAUUUUGGGAGCCAGCCCUGGUUUUCCACACUGUAUCUGUGAAGUCGGGGUGUGGAAAGGUCAGUGUAGAAAUAUGCUGUGUAGAACAUGCAUGCGGUUGACAUGUUUGGAGUGAAGAAUCAUGUCGGCUGCUAUUGGUUGUAUUGCUGUCUGCGUGCAGUAUGCUGUUGCACUCUAUUUUUUACACCACCCUCGUCGUUAGAACUUGUUGCCCAGGGUUGUUUUGUCCGCGUCACACUUGUUUCUAUCCUAUGUCAGGGGUUUUCAACUCUGACCCUACGAGGGACGGAGACUGCUGGUUUUCUGUUCUACCUGAUCAUUAAAUUGGACCCACCUGGUGUCCCCAGGUCUAAAAAUCAGUCCCUGAUUUUAGAGGGGAACAAUGAAAACGCAGUGGAACUGGCUUUGAGGUCCAGAGUUUGAGUUUGAGAGCCCCCCCACAGUGGAUGUGUCAUAAUACCCAUAAAACCUAGUUGUCAAAACAGGGGAAUGGUUCCAAUCGUUUCCCCCCCCCCUCCCAUAGGCGAUUUUGGAAACGUUUCGUGUAGGUUUACCCUGGCGUGACUCAAUGCAUUCAGAUGGGUAUUAUGACUCAUGUUGUGACAGGAUACCAGCCUUCGUCUGUUGUUCAUGUGACUUCAGGUUGUGAGCACCUUCGUCAGCCAUAUCUGCUUUAGCGAGCUGCUUGUUCGAACUGAGUAAAUGACAUGCUGUAGUUUUUAAAAAUGUUAUCAGGAAUAAAAUGCCACUUUUUGCUACAAUGAUAAAUAAAUGUUGUUUUUUUUCAA